UUUAAUAUUUUUCUUAGAUGUAGUUUUUAUCACCAAAUUUGAAGAUGUUGAAAUUGCCAUGUAAAAUUGCUAAUGGUAAUCAGGAGUAUGUCUGUGGCAAAUUCAACAUAUAUUAGCAUUUUAGAGCGCCUUUUUCUUGCUCUGUUGGCAUGGAAAAUUGUAACAUUAUCGAGAGGCAGUUCAGUUGAGUCCGCGUUGAGUGCUUAACUGCUUGUUUCCCGGCCAAGCGCUGGAGAUGGUUCAGAGUCUUCACCCGGACGUGAGGUCACAUGAAACAAAGGUAUAAAAAUGGGCACCGUUUUAUUUUACAUAAAUUGGUACCUGGUAGUACAAAUGGACUAAAAUCCCAGUUGGGCAAUAACUUCAUCCAUCCAUCCAUCCAUCUUUUUCCGCUUAUCCGAGGUCGGGUCGCGGGGGCAGCAGCCUAAGCAGGGAAGCCCAGACUUCCCUCUCCCCAGCCACUUCGUCCAGCUCUUCCCGGGGGAUCCCGAGGUGUUCAAACGGUUCAAUAACUUCAACAAAGUGUCAAUAAACAACCACGUGGACAGAUAGAGCUACAUCUUCAGGUCCACUUUCUCAUGCACUCCAAAUCAUUAUUAAAGACAGGAAAUGACACAUUUCUUACCAAUUGUCGCUUGCUUCAAAGUCGCGCUCCGUCCUCUUUUCGGUUUAGGUAACUUAUGAGUGUGAAUGUUGUCUCUGUGUUGGUCCAGUGAUGAGGUGGCGACUUGUCCAAGGUGUACCCCGCUUUCUGCCCGAGUGCAGAUGGGAUAGGCUCCAGCCCCCUCGCGACCCCGAAAGGGACAAGUGGUAGAAAAUGGAUGGAUGGGCUGGAGUGGACAGUACAAGGAGCCAGUAUGGUGAAAGAGGAGCUUCGGUUGAGCGAGCGUGGUUCUCAUCCUCCGAGCAGCAAGAAUGCCAAAGACAAGAGCAACAGUUUGACUCUAAAGGCGUUGCGCCAGGCUAAGGACACGGACGACCGCCGCGAACGAGGCUGCAGCUCAGAAAAAGACUCUGGCUACUCUGACAACGGCUCCGACUGGCAGCAGACGGACGUGGAGGAUCAGCAGAGCAUUAAAAGUCAGUCCAGAGAGGGCGCUGUGGUGCCGCCGUCCCAUCACGGCCAAGAUGCUGGGAAAGGAAAAACUGGGAAUUCUUCACGGAUACCAAGAGGCCAACCCAUCCAGCCGAUCUACAUCAUCAACAGCAUAGUACUUAAGCAGCAGCCAGAAAGCAUCCAGAAAAAUGGCAGGCUGCUGUGGAGAAAUGGUGUGAGUGAGGCGGCAGGCUCUGGCAGCACAAAUAUGAUCCUCUUCCAGCAGCCCAGCCUGAUGCCGACCGCCCUCCAUCUCCACAAGCCCUCGUCUCAGAAGAACAACCACGCGACCUACUUGCCCAUCCUCAACUCCUACCCCCGCAUCGCACCGCACCCAAGCAAGAAGCCGCCGGAUAAGACCUUGUCCAACAACCAGGUGCAGAAUUUGAGGAAGAGGGUGUGCACAGAACGCAAGGGGUACCUCAAAGCUGUGGCCACCUUGGAGCAUCCCUGUUCAUCGUCAUCAUCUUCACCCUCCUCCAGUCCUGCUGCAGCCUCCUCUUGCAAGACUCCUCCUUCUCCAUCCUCCAGCUCCUCAGUCCUCACCAGCCGGGGGCCUCAGAGAAACGGCGCGGGCAGCACUCGCCACCGCCGCUUCCUCAACACGGCGGAGAUCCUGCGUCAGUCGGGCUUGCUGGACAUCACGCGCCGCACCAAAGAGCUGCUGCGCCAGAGCUACGCCACCGAGCGGGAGAUUGCCGAGCUGCGCGAGCACACUGAGCUGCUCUGCCAGGCCGCUGAUUGCGGCAGCGCCGCCACCUGGCAGAGCGUGCACAGGACCAUGGCCGAGUCCAGCUACUAUCCCAGUCUGAAAAACCUGCAACAUUUCCAAUCGGCGUCUCAUCUGGAUUCAUCUGGCUGUUGUGGAGAUGCUGUGGACAUACCAAGACAGAACUGUGAGGCAGAAGCGUGCAGGGAGGAAGUUGCCUUUAAACCUCCAGAUAGCCUAACUGGUCAAAUGUGACGUGUGCCUUUUAGAAGGAAGAGCGGCACUCAGGUGCAACCAGGCACUUCUUUCUGAACAAUGUGUGUGAUGUUGAUCAUCAAUGGAUACCGACAAUCCCUUUUUUUUUUUAUAUUUCAUUACCACUAUGGUGGACCACCGUGGUCCUCCUGCGCACUACUUCAGUGGUAUAAAGUUGCCUCUGCCUUGGACCAGGGGUGUCCAAAGUCCGGUAUUAAGCCAUUUGCGGCCCGCAGUGUAUUCCAAAACAUUCUUCGCACAUCAAAACACAAAGCUUGUGUUCAAAGUCUGAGAACAUGACCUACUCCCCUUACUCGCUGAAAUGUGGAACUUUUUUGGGCACAUUUAUAAUGCCAUUUUUUGCCCGAAUUGUAGGACCUGAUUAUUUUUGCCUUAAAACCAGGGCUGCCAUAUGGUUCAGUUUUUUAAACCAGAUUAAUCACACAUUUGAAUUUGGAUUAAUCACGGUUAGAGAUGUAACGAUAUAAAAACUUCAUAUCACAGUUAUAGUGAACAGAAUUAUUACUUAUUAUUAGAUGUCCGAUAAUAUCGGCCUGCCGAUAUUAUCGACCGAUAAAUGCUUUAAAAUGUAAUAUCGGAAAUUAUCGGUAUCGGGUUUUUUAUUAUCGGUAUCGUUUUUUUGGUUGUUUUUUUUUGUUUAGUUUUUUUAAAUCAACAUAAAAAACACAAGAUACACUUACAAUUAGUGCACCAACCCAAAAAACCUCCCUCCCCCAUUUACACUCAUUCACACAAAAGGGUUGUUUCUUUCUGUUAUUAAUAUUCUGGUUCCUACAUUAUAUAUCAAUAUACAUCAAUACAGUCUGCAAGGGAUACAGUCCGUAAGCACACAUGAUUGUGCGUGCUGCUGGUCCACUAAUAGUACUAACCUUUUAACAGUUAAUUUGACUAAUUUUCAUUAAUUACUAGUUUCUAUGUAGCUGUUUUUAUAUUGUUUUACUUUCUUUUUUAUUCAAGAAAAUGUUUUUAAUUUAUUUAUCUUAUUUUAUUUAAUUAAUUUUUUUAAAAAGGACCUUAUCUUCACCAUACAUGGUUGUCCAAAUUAGGCAUAAUAAUGUGUUAAUUCCACGACUGCAUAUAUCGGUAUCGGUUGAUAUCAGUAUCGGUAAUUAAGAGUUGGACAAUAUCGGAAUAUCGGAUAUCGGCAAAAAAGCCAUUAUCGAACAUCCUUACUUAUUAUUGUUGAAUGUGUAAGGGGUUUACUUUAGUUGUUUUUUUUAAUAACUAAAAUAAAUAUAAACACUGUUAGAAAGCACACUAUUUUGCAUGCAUUUUGUUUGUUUUACUGAUGAGUGUUCUGGCAGGCGUCCUACUCUGAUCAGCGGUUCUUGAAUGCAUCGUAAAAUAAUUUCCGUGUCAUAUUCCUAUAAAUAUAGAACGAUCACUGUGUUCUAAGAGAGUACAGCUUGUAGAUUUAAUGUACACAAUUGAAUAUUUUAGUUGCUCAGUCAGUAAAAUUUGUAAAUGUUUAUAUUGAGGUAUCUUAAUGUCUCGUUUUUCAUGUUAGCAUAUCAGUUAGUCCACGAGUUUAUCGAAGUGUUAUUAUCAAUCAUGGUUUUUCAAUCAUUUUAAUUUAAAACGGUAAUACUAACUGUCUGGAGUUUUACUGCCGUAAUCAUUAAUACCCUGAGGUCACAGGUUAUUACUUGCCUGAAUAAUUGAAAUUAACCUAAAUAUUUGGACACAAAUGCCAAUUUUAUUGUCAGGAUGUCAUUCAGCAUUAUUUAUAAACAUGUUUUACUUAAAUGUACAUUAUCGAUUUGCUCAUAACAGUUGUAUCGAAAGUCCAGUCAGGGUGGAUUCUUAAAGGUAAAUUUACCAGUGAGCACGGAGCUCCUCACUCAUCUUUAUACUGACUCAUGCGUUGACCCGAUCACAGACCGUACAACAAACCUUUCAGUAACCAUCCGCACUUAAGCUAAAGGAGCAUUUACAGUCCAAAUAAAUUGUGUGAUUAAUCUGCGGAUUAAUGUGAUCAUUUUGUGUGAUUCAUCACAUGAGUUAACUUAUUUUUGGAUAGCCCUACUUUAGACAUAACACAAGUUAGCUAAGCAGGUUAGAACAAAUGUUUUCCAAAUUUUUCUCAGGCUGUUUCACCUUACACUUUGAGAACUCCCAGGAUGAAGUACAGUGGAACCUCAAUUUACAGACUUAAUUGGUUCUUAAACAGGGCUCGUAAAUCAAAGUUGGUAUAGUGAAGCAAAUUAUUUUCACCAGAAACAAUGUAAAUAUGAAUUAUGGAUUCCAGCCUUGACAAAACUCCAUAUUUUAGUUAAGGUCUGUACACUUUGAACACAAUAUAUAAAGUGUUUUACAGUACAGUACUGUAUAUCAAACAAACAUAAGGAGGUGAUGACUUGACUAGUAACAAGCUAAAACGACAAGCUGAACUGUGCUGUAUGCUCUGCCAACAUGCGCACACACAAGUCCCUUUGGUGCCCUCACAAAUGAUCAGAAGUCACACAAUCCUUAACUUUAACAUCCAUUUUGCUACAAUAAUAUACUUCUAAAAAGUAAAAUCCACUUGGAGUACUGCAAAGGAGCAGCUCAAGAGAGGAGAGAAAGGUUGAAUGUGUGUGUGCUCUCGGAAGAGGUGUCGCUGAACAAGUGUCUUCUACGCUGCUUUGAAAUAAGUCCGCUUUGGCAUUUUUUUUUUUUUUACCAGAAAAGUCAGUUCUCAUCACAAUUGAAAACUUGCUGUUUUCCAAAGCUGGCUUCUUCAAUACGAGCAAGCACAAAAUGGAUGAAAGAAGCGUUCUCACUCCGAGACAUGGUUUGCACCCUAAAAGCAUAUUUGGCUCAAUCUAAAAGUUCCUAAACCGAAAAGUUCGCAAUUUGAGGGGCUCUUAAAUCGAGGUUCCACUGUAUAAAGUUAAAGUACCAAUGAUUGUCACACACACACUAGGUGUGGUGAAAUUAUUCUCUGCAUUUGACCCAUCACCCUUGAUCACCCCCUGGGAGGUGAGGGGAGCAGUGGACAGCAGCGGUGGCCGCGCCCGGGAAUCAUUUUUGAUGAGUUAACCCCCAAUUCCAACCCUUGAUGCUGAGUGCCAAGCAGGGAGGUAAUGGGUCCCAUUUUUUUAUAGUCUUUGGUAUGACUCGGCCGGGGUUUGAACUCACAACCUACCGAUCUCAGGGCGGACACUCUAACCACUAGGCCACUGAGUAGGUCAGUCUCCAUGUAUCCAUUUUCUACCGCUUGUCCCUAAUGUUAAUAGUAAUAAUACUUAAAUACAAUUGUUUACACUUGUAUUUUAUCAAUAAUGUAGAGAUCAAUUGCAAAAAGCAGACACGUGAUCUGUUUCUCCUUGAUUAGUACAAAAUGAUCUCCAGUCUUAGGUUUGGACACUCCUGUUUUUAGGCCAACUCGGUGUGGCAAAGACAAAUGUCCGCAUGACUGUAAUACAAAAUGCAACUAGGGCCUUCAAACCAAAUGCUACUAAAUUAAAGUCAGCCUGUAUAAUUGUGUCAAAGAAAGGAUCUCUAUACUUUUCCGUCACCUUUUUAAAAGUUGAGUUGACCUUCCUCUAAAGCACAAGUCAAGUAUGGCCUCCCCAACAUUUUCAGUUUUCUCUUCAGCAGGACUCCAAUCUGGCAGCGUUAUGCAGUCAUCUGUCUCAAUGUAAACACUCUUAAGAUUGACUGAGUAGUUUGAUGCCUUGUACUGUAUUGGCUUUCAGUUACUUGCUCUUCUGCUGAUGCUGAUGGCGGCCACUGACUACAUUGCACACGCUUCUGAAACAUUGUGUUGUUUAUACAGUUGCGAUUGAAUAAAUUGAAGGUAAAGCACA